AUGGCAUCUCCCACCCUCAUCGCCCUUGUGGCGCUCCUGUCGCUAGGUGUUCAUGCCCAAGACCAUCCAGAUUGCGAGAGUGGGCCACUGUCAAAUAACUCGGUCUGCGACACCUCGCUACCGCCACGGCAGCGAGCUCAAGCACUCGUCGAUGCCUUCACGCUGCAGGAGAAGCUCAACCUGACGCACAACAAUUCUCCUGGCGUGCCCAGGCUGGGUCUUCCAACCUACAACUGGUGGGGAGAAGCUCUCCAUGGCGUUGCCGCCGCACCUGGCGUUGACUUUGCCGAGGAUGGGGAGUGGUCGUACGCCACCUCUUUUCCUCAGCCAAUCACUAUGGCCGCUGCCUUUGACGAUGAUCUCAUCUACGCCAUCGGCGACGUGAUUAGUACCGAGGCCAGGGCCUUCAACAACGCCAAUCGAUCAGGACUUGACUACUGGACUCCCAACAUCAAUCCCUUCCGGGACCCUCGCUGGGGUCGCGGCCAAGAAACACCUGGCGAGGACACUUACGUCGUUAAACGCUACAUCGACAAUAUGGUGACCGCUUUACAAGGCGGGCGCAACCUUGAGCAGUAUAAAAUCAUUGCAACCUGCAAACACUAUACAGCUUACGAUAUGGAAUUCUGGCAAGGUAACACCCGCUAUGGCUACGAUGCCAAGGUCUCGCCUCAUGACAUGAGCAGCUACUACAUGCAGCCUUUCGUGCAGUGCGCGCGAGACACCAAAGUCGGCAGCAUCAUGUGCUCAUACAAUGCCAUCAACGGAGUCCCCGCAUGUGCGAACGGCUACAAUAUUGAGACCAUCCUGCGCGGCCACUGGAACUGGACAGCGGACGAGAACUACAUCACCUCGGACUGCACCUCCAUACAAAACAUGUACACCGACCACCACGCCUUCGACUCGCGGCAGCAGACCGUAGCGGCGGCUCUAAACGCAGGCGUCGAUGUCGACUGCGGUUACUACAACCCCACCUGGCUCGCCUCCGCCUACAGUCAAGGUCUCUUCGACGAAGCAACACUCGACACCUCCUUGCUCCGCCUGUACACCGCCCUCGUCAAGAGCGGGUACUUCGACCCACCGACCUCACCAUGGCGCUCACUGGCAUGGAGCAACGUCUCGACUCCCGACUCAGAGGCGCUCGCCCUGAAGAUUGCCGAAGAAGGCAUCGUGCUGCUCAAGAACGACAACGACAUCCUCCCCCUCACCAUCUCCUCAGACCGCAACUACACCAUCCUCAUGGCGGGCGGCUGGAUCAACGCCACAGAGCAGAUGCAAGGCAUCUACGCCGGUCCCGCGCGCACGCUCGUAUCCCCCUGGAUGGCACUGCAGAACGUCUCCAACCUGGUGGUCGAGACCUUCCAGUGGUACGAGUCCCCUCUCCUAGUGGCGGAGCGCCUGCAGCCCGACCUGAUCCUGUGGAUCGACGCCACGAACGAAGGCGCCGAGGAGACCGAGGACCGCAACACCAUUAAGUGGGACCUCAUGCAGGUGGACGCGCUGGAGAUGCUGGCCUUGACGGGCAUCCCCACCGUGGCGGUGCACAUGGGCGAGCAGUGCGACGACGCGGCCAUCCUGGCCAACGACAACAUCUCCGCCCUCGUCUGGGCGGGCUACCCGGGCAUGCUGGGCGGGCAGGCGUUGGUGAACGUGCUGCUGGGUGACGCGGCGCCCGCGGCUCGCAUGCCGCUCACACAAUACCCCACCGACUACGUGCAUUUGGUGCCCAUGACCGACAUGGGUCUGCGUCCCAACAACGAAACUGGCAAUCCAGGCCGCACGUACAAAUGGUACGACAAUGCGACCAUCGACUUUGGCUACGGCUUGCACUACACCAACUUCAGCGCCGCCAUCAGCCCUCCAAGCAAUACCACCUCUACCUUCGACAUCGCCUCGCUCAUCUCCUCGUGCGACCAAACAGGCCUCACGCACGUCGAGCUCUGCCCCUUCCUCCCCUUGUCGCCCCUACAAGUCAACGUCAGCAACACCGGCGCCGUGACCUCCGACUACGUCGCCCUCGCCUUUAUAGCCGGCGAGUUUGGGCCGGCGCCGCAUCCGCGCAAGUCGCUCGUGGCGUACCAGCGGUUGUUCGGCGUGGCGCCCGGUAGUGCGCAGAUGGCGAAGCUGAAUCUCACGCUGGGGAGUCUGGCGAGGCAUGAUGAAAUGGGGAACCAGGUGCUGUAUCCGGGGCGGUACAGGGUUGAGGUGGAUGUGCCGGUGCAGGAUGUGUGGGAAUUUGAGCUCACGGGUGGGGAGGUGGUGUUGGAUGAGUGGCCGCAGGAGCAGUGA